GGAAGGGAAAGUGGGGGGAGCUUGUCUUCCUGUGUCUCCAUUAGUAUAUGCGGUAGCGUGGAAAGUGAGGUUUUUCUUCUUUUUUUAAGUUCCCGUUUGUAUGACGGAUAGCAGUAUGAGGCUUUGAAAGAAAUGCCACACGGAGUGGUUAUUUAAUCCUGGCAUUAUUUGCUCAUCCCACACACAAUGCCUUUUUCUGACUUUGUCUUGGCCCUAAAGGACAAUCCAUAUUUUGGGGCAGGCUUUGGUCUAGUUGGUGUAGGCACAGCCUUGGCCCUGGCACGUAAGGGGGCCCAGUUUGGCAUGGUGGUUUUCAAACGGCAUUAUAUGAUCACUCUGGAAGUGCCAAGCAGAGACAAGAGCUACCACUGGCUGCUGAACUGGAUAUCUCACCAUGCUAAGCACACCCAGCACCUGAGUGUGGAGACUUCUUACCUGCAACAUGAGAGUGGCCGUGUCAGUACAAAAUUUGAUUUUAUUCCCAGCCCUGGGAAUCAUUUCAUUUGGUAUCAAAGGAAGUGGAUCCGUAUAGAACGGAACCGAGAGAAACAAAUGAUUGAUCUCCAUACAGGCACUCCUUGGGAGUCUGUCACAUUUACAGCAGUUGGCAACAAGCGAGAGAUUUUCUUCAACAUCCUGCAAGAAGCCAGGGAAUUGGCUCUGAGACAGCAAGAAGGAAAAACAGUAAUGUAUACAGCAAUGGCUGCUGAAUGGCGGCCAUUUGGCUUCCCACGCCGACAACGCCCACUCACAUCUGUGGUGCUUGACAAAGGAAUAUCAGAAAGGAUUGUGCAAGAUGUGAAAGAGUUCAUUGAUAACCCCAAGUGGUACAUUGAUCGAGGAAUACCUUAUCGGAGAGGAUACCUACUGUAUGGCCCCCCAGGUUGUGGCAAGAGCAGUUUCAUCACAGCCCUGGCUGGAGAAUUGCAAUACAGCAUCUGUCUUCUGAGCCUGAGUGAUCGAAGUCUCUCAGAUGAUCGCCUCAACCAUCUGAUGAGUGUAGCUCCACAACAGAGCAUCAUUCUCUUGGAAGAUGUGGACGCUGCCUUUGUCAGUCGGGACCUUGCUGCUGAGAAUCCUGUUGCAUAUCAAGGCAUGGGGCGCCUGACUUUCAGUGGCCUUCUCAAUGCGUUGGAUGGCGUAGCUUCUUCUGAAGCCAGACUAGUAUUUAUGACUACCAAUUAUGUGGACAGGCUGGAUCCAGCCCUGAUUCGGCCAGGCCGGGUAGACCUCAAACAGUACAUUGGGCAUUGUUCACAGUGGCAAUUCAAACAGAUGUUCCAGAGAUUCUAUCCAGACCAGCCAGCUGCUGUAGCUGAGCAAUUUGCUAAACGAGCCCUUUCUGUCUCUGAUCAAAUCAGUGCUGCACAAGUGCAAGGUCAUUUCAUGUUACACAAAGCAGAUCCAAAUGAAGCCAUUCAGAAUGUGCAGAUGCUUUUAUCUUGAUUCUGAACAAACACUGAGAAAAUGUUGAAAGUAAUUGCGUGGGCUGUUCACACAGCACACAGUAACUAAGGGUGAUGCUCUUAAUAUAUCUGCCUCAGUGAGGUGGUCCUUUUUGUCAAAAAAAUAAAGAAUAAAACAAUCUCAUCUUGCACAUCUCUUAAAAUAAAUCGAACAUGGAGUUCAGAUUGAAGGACUUUUCCCUACUGUAAUUCCCUAUUCAGAGGAGCCAUCUUCCCCUCUCCAGACGAGUCUGUGUCACAGUAACUGCUAUAGUAAUAUACUGAGGAGGCACUCGGUCCUUCAGAAUUGAUGGCUCUAGGGCACGCCAUCCAACUUCAAGCAAUUUACAGCCUCCAGAAAGGGAACAAAGUCUAAAACUUCUGUCCUACACCAAAGCCAGACCUAUCCUGUCUUGACCUGCCAAGCUCAGAAAAUGGUUACAGUGGAGGGAGCAGCAAAGCCUGUAAUAGGCUACCUCUGUAUGCGUGGGCAGUUGACUAUACUGCAGAUAGAUGGAUUGGUUUUAAUUUUGCUUUGAGGAGAUGGAAACUGCCUGCCAGCAUUAGAGGUUAAUAAAAUGCUUUUUAUAGAAUAUGAUACUGAAAUAGAACAACCUGUUUCUCAUAUUUCUCUGUUUCUCUGGAUCUGUUAUUUUGAUCUAUGGACUUCCACUGACUUUGUAUUGAGAACAGAGUGAGCCUGUAACUGUUCCAGCCUAUUCUUGCAAAUACCAUGCAGCCAAGGAAGACUCCUGCUACUCUUACUUUCAACCCUUAAAGAACCAGAACUUUUUUUCCCAGACCAUCGUCGUUAGCACACUCAGUCUAAUUUGUGAAGCAUGAUAGCCCUACAAAGUUCUGGAAAUUGUAAUUUUUUGUGUAGAUUUUUAAUGAGGCUACCAGAUUGGGCUGCAAAAAUCCAGAUGACAACUAGGAGGCAGCAGUGAAUUUUCUGUACCUCUCCACCAUCUGGUGAUCCUUUGGUCAUAUUCUUCAACCUCUCUUGUUUAAAGCCUUCAUUGUGGUGCUAACUGCAGAUUCCUUGGGGAAGAUGCCAUGAGAACUUGAUUAGUUUAGGUUUUGUAAAGUGGGUAUAUCAUUUCUAUAUGGUGCUGUUAUAACAAUUCAAAGAAGAGACAAGUCAGCCAAUGAAAAUUGAUUCUGAAGGGACCUGAUUCUGAUCUAGUAGCUACUGGGAUCCAAUCCAAUAAGGUACUUUUCUCUGAAACUAUUUUCCAUAUUCCUUCCAUGACAAGAAUUAAAAUCUGGCAUAUAAUAACACAAAGUUAAUUGAGCCAUGGUUUACUGUAUUAACAAAGUAUACUAAGCGAUAACACAUUUUAGCAUGAAAACAAAGUCCCCCAUCCCCAUAAGAAUUUAGUAACAUUCCCAUUGAUUUUUCAUGGCUGUACUUAAUCAGGUCAGGUAAAGGGUUAGUGUGAUGCAGAUUCAAGACCAACACUAUUCACAGUAUCAGGCCAUACCUCCUUGUUUCCACCACAUCCAUAUACUGAUUCAUCCAUUGCCUUUUCCUUAAAUAUUUCACCUCUUCUCAUUUUAAGAAUCUCAUCAAUUCCAUCCAACCAUAACUAUCUUGGUCUUCCUUUCCUCAACCCAUUGUCUUCCUUCAUAUAUUUGGUUUGGGGUUCAAUCUUCAUUCUCUAUAUGAUUAAAGUUACUAUCUCCCCAAUUAAUAUACUCUUUAAUCAUAGCUAUUGUCCUAUUACUUUCUUCCACUCAGUUUCUAAUUUCUUAAAUGUAACAUUCAUAUGC